AUGGGUAAGAAAUAUCAUCGAUAAUUGCUAUACGCAAUCAUUGUAUACAACACAUAUUGGGUUUUUAAAUUUGAUUCAACUGUGGAGCGUGGCUUAUUUAUUCUGAAUAAGAUAUGAGUUUAAAUUAGUUGGUAUUUCAGUUCAUCUGUUGGACAUGUUUGUUAUUAUCUUGUUCGGCUUAUAUUUGAUAUCUUAAACCUGAUAAUAUAAAAUUAAAAAGGCAAACUAUAAUAACUUUUUUAUUGUGACAUAAUGAGAUAGAAAAAACAAAAUCAACGUAACACAAUCAAUGUUCUUCUAUGACGACAAUUUAGAUUCUUAAUUUAAGACUAUAAGCCAAGUGAUUUUUGCCCUCACACAAUCGUUUCCCCACCGAAACAUUUUUUUUCUAUUUCAUGAUUACCUACACAAUAAAUAUACUUGUGAUGGUGACACGGGGCUACUUGAAACGUAUUUGAAAAUUAAUUUGAAUAUUUUUUUUAGUUUGUAGAUUCGCAUUUUUUUUUUUAUACAAAUUUACACAACUCCUUAAAUACGGGUGGUUAUAGCAAGGUAUUUAUAUUUAAAAAAUACAUCGUUUUAAUAUUAGAUUGUUUUAAUAGAAUCGUUGAGAAUGGAAGGGUUUAUAAUUGAAGAAUGUAAGUAUAUAAGGAUUCGUGCAUAUCAAAAGUAAAAAACGUUUUGUUGAAUAUUAUAAUUUGUACAAUGUUACAAAAUCAUGAAGUUAGAAAUAUGUUAUCCAACAUAAAGAAUGUCUAAAGGUAUUACUGAAAAUAAAAGACCAAUUACAUUGGUAGUUGUUAUAUAAAGUGCGAACAACUUAAAUACAUUACGUUGGUUGCCGUAUUUGAAGAGGUAGUUUCGUUAACAACAUGUCUGCUGUAAAUUAUUUUUUUUUUUUUUAAUGGCUAUUGUUCAAUUAAACUGUACAAGAAUAUUUUGUGACCUAAUUUGAUUUUUUUUUUUAUCGCCAAUCCUGCUAGUUUUUUAAAGAAUAUAAUUAAAUUAUUUGCCUCAUACAUUUUUAUUUUUUAGAUAGUACAAAAAAUAUGCGAGAGAAAGAAUUCGCUAGACGUUCGAAUUGGGCAUGGGGUAGAUCAUUAAGUAAGUAAUAAUACAAUUAGAUCACCAAAAAAACUAUAAUUAAUUUGUUUGAAUAUUUCUCGUGCACAAUUACAAAACAACAUUGUUACCAUAAUAUCAGCUGUAAACUGACAAAAUUAAAAAAAAAAAUGAUAGAAUUAAGAUUCUAGAUUUUAUAUUCUAUAUAUAAAUAUAUAGAAUUAUUUUUCUUUGAUUUUGUGUGUCGUCGGAAAUCAACAGAUAUUUUAGACAGUCCUUCAGAUGUCAAGGGUAAGUUGAGCAUUAAUAUUAUCGUCACAGAAAUGUCCAAGAUUGAUUUAUGGGGCGGGGGAGGGAAUGAAGAAAGAGAUACGAUUACUUGUUAAGGUUAACUAACCUUUUAAAAUAAUAAUUAUUUUUAUUUUGCAAUAUAUGGACCGUGGUUUGGGGUUUUAUCGAUUUCACCGUUUUAAUAUCAAUUCCGCUGGCUAUCAAAUAUGCAGAACAUUUUGUAAAUGUUAAAACCGACGAGAUCUUAAAUUUUACAUGUUGAUUUCACUGAAUAAUAAUUUUAAAAAUGUAUAAAAAAAGAGAAAUAUAUAGUUAAUUUAUAGAAGUAUUAUAAUUUUAUACAACUACAUAACAUUUAUAUGUAUUAUAUUAAAUUUCCAAAAUUUUAGGGACAUUAUUUUAAAUUAUAAUAAAUAGUUUUAAGUAGAGAUGGGCCAAUACUACUUUUUAUCAAUAUCCAAUAUUCCGAUAUAUGCUAUCGGUAUGCCAUGAAAUAAUGUGGAAAUUAACAGAUAUAUUGAUUUAAAAUCCGAUUUAAUAAAACUUUUGUGCUCAGAUAUAAUAGAUAUUUUUCUCCGAAAAUAUCGAUUCAAAUAUCGUUUUUUUAAAAAAAUUGAUACCACCGAUUUCUAGUCUUGGUUUAUGAAUCAACCCACAAAUAAUUUUUAGAUUAGAACUAUUGAUCUAUUGAUUUCACUAUGAAUGAUAUUCACUGAUGAGUGCUUCUUCUUCUGUUUGUAAAUAAGAUUCAUACCAGAAAUCUUGCUCCGAUGUACAUAAUCAACCAUUUUUUUUGAAAGAUAAAUUUGUCUAAUUAUCGUUAUUUUGGAAGAUAUUUUUGAAAGAAAAUUGUCAGUAAAACAAAAAAUAUUUAUGGUGUACAACGUUGUUACCGAUUUCAUUGUUUUUAGUUUUGCAACUUAUGUUUUUUACCAGAAACAUUUGCUCCAAUAGAAAAACAACAAGAGAUCUUUUUUGUUGAAUACAGUUAAAUCUAGUUGCAGGUGACCAAGAAAGUCGUUUUUUUCUUUUUUUUCUUUUGUAGGUUUUACACUUAUAGAGCAAAGCUGUAAGAAAAGGACAAUUUACAAACAUAAUUUUUUUAUUAUUUUAAAUUUUGUUUUUAGAUUCUGAGUGAAGCAAAGCUUAUAAUUUUACAAAAAUGUUUAUUUUUUAUUUUAUUUUUUUAUCUGUGUCCUGUGUAUAUAUAAAAGCUUUCAUUAUCCUCCCAAGCAAGGGAUUCUGGACUUUUGUACGAUCAUGUACAAGUUGUAGAUGGUUUGUACUUUUGUGGUUUUUUUUAUUUCUUGUAUGUUUGGUGCAAUACUAAACCAAUCUCCGUUUAAAUUAAAGCCAAGAAGGAGUAGCAUAUCGCUAUCUAUUUGAGUUCUAAAUUUGAAAUAUGUGCGUUAUUGAGAUCAUGUAAAACGUUUUAUUGUUAUACAAAACUGGUGGUUCGAAGCAUUGAAGCACUUAUUUUCUUUGGACAUUUUAACAUUAACAUUUUAAAAUUUAAUAAGUUAAGUAAAUUAUUUCAGACGUUUUGAUAAUUGUAAAACCGCGUCCUCUUCCCAUAAUAUACGCAGUCAGAAAUACUUGAAGAGUCUGGUGUUUUGUUUGCUUUUUAUUGUAGUAUUUUUUGUUCGAGAUCACGUUGUUUUAGAUUUGGGUCAUAGCGAGAGAUCUAUUGGUUUUACUAUGAUGUGUGUAUAUUUUUUUUUAUAGAACUUGAGUGUAGCGAAGAAUAUAUUGGUUUUACAAAAAUGUUUUUUUUUAUUUGUUUUUUUAUAUGAACACUUUUUCUGUCAGAUGUAUUCAAUACAGACCCUUUUCUGAAAGGAAACUUUCUCGGGAAGUACUUUAAGAAAGGACAUUUUUUGAUUUUCUUAGAAGCUUUUUCAAUACACGUGAAAAACAGAAUAAAACGGAGGAAAACGAGAAAAUUUACUAAAAAACAAUAUGCAUGAAUACAAAAUCAAAAUUUGAUGGAAAUCGUAAAAAAUAUGAUAUUUCAAAAUAUGUCUUACUGAACUUCUCUCUGAAUCGUUUUUUCUUUACCUAUGGUUUAUCGUGGCGUAUAGAUAUAAAUUAAAAUCCACUUAAUUUUACCUUCCCAACUUCCUGCCUACAACAGUGGCUGCAUCCGUCUCCAGGAUCAACUCUUUUUUUGAUUUAUGAUUCAUUAAUUUAUAUUUUCUACUCGGUUAGCUCUAUGUAUAGUAAUAUUAUAAAAGUGAUAAUUUAUUGGACAAAAUAUUGUACUGAACUCAGUAAAUUUGAAAAUACACAUUUUAGUUAUAAAUUGAAAAACAAUUUUAAGAUUCUGAAUGGUUUUACAAAUAUGUUUAUUUUUUUUCUGUGGACAACUUUUUUACUAGAGAUCUUGCUCCGAUAUUUCAUGAUGACAAUGUUUUUGAAAGGAAAUUUUACUAGCCAGGUACUUUAAGCAAGUCAUUUUUUGGUUUCCCUAUAAGUUUUUUCAUCAAAUUUAAAAAAACCGAAAAAAUUGGGACUAUAUGAGAAAUAUAGGUAUUAGUUAAAAUCUACUACGGCCUUCUUUUUUUCUAUGCUUAACUUUUUAAUCAGCUAUUUUGCUCCAACUUUUAAUAAUAGUAAUGUUUCUAAAAGAAAAUUUCACUAGAGAGGUACUUUAGAGAGGUAAUUUUUUGAUUUUCUCAAGAGUUUUCCCAGCAAAUGUGAAGAACCAGGAUAAAACAUGGGGAAACCGGGAAAAACGUAGAAAAACUGGAAAAAUUGGUACAACAUUAAAUAAAUUAUAUUAAAGAAAAUAUAUAAAGCCUAUUUAAUUAUUUUACUAAAAUAUGACAUAUAUAUUGUUGACAAAGUAUCACUAUCAACCGAACUCUGCUUAGAAUAAUUUUUUCGUUAGCAAUGAUCAAUCGUUGCUAAUAGAUUUACAUUAACUUACCUAUGACAGUAACUGUACCCGACUUCAUUUAAAAAUGAAGAUUAGUAGAACAUUACGUUUAAAUAUAAAAUAACUGUUUCAAGAUUUGGGAACAGAACAUAUGUUAUACACAUAAAUAGGUUAUUUCGGCGAAAUCGAUUACACCUCAUGAUUUUAUAUCCCAACAGAUGAAAAUUAUAGAAACAAUUAUUGUAUUGAUGAUUUUAGUUGAUUUUUUGAAAGAUUACGUACAAUAUUUAAAAGGUCAGUAAGUUUUUAUUUAAUUAUGUUUCUUUUUUGGGGGAUGAGAGAAGGGGAUUUGAGACAUUUGUUAUUUCAAAAACGUAAUUAUUUUAAAAAUAAUAAAUAUUUUUAAAAAUAAUAUAAAUUUAGAUCACAAAUAAUUUUACUGUAAUAUAUUAUAAGAGUAUAUUCCAUCUUCUCCCUCGAAAAUUUGUAACGAAAAUGUAUAUAAUAUACUUAGUUAAGUACUGAACCAGUAUUGCGUUUAUAGUGAAAAAUGUAAUGCUUAUUGAUUUUACAAACCCCAACUCUUGACUUCUUUACUAGCCUUACUCCUCUCUUAUAACUCGCCCCUCACCUUUCUUUCGUCCUACAUCCUUCUCCCAUCAACUUGUCACAUUCAUCAGUCUCUCACAACCUGAGACCCUCGUUAAGGCGUUUUAUAAAAUCGAAAUAGAUAACUUAAAUUGUUUCUUCGGUUUGUACCAAAAAAUUCAUCGUUUGUACCGAAAGCGGCAAAAGUACAAAACAAUUAUGGGUGUUUAAGUUUCGUAAGUAACGACAGCUUAUAUACUUUUGCGAUAAAGUGAAAUGUUAGGGACCUCUACUUUAAAACAGCUAUAACUUUUUUAUGUUUUCGGUACAAACGAUGAAAUUUGAGGUGUAAACCGGUACAUACGUAGUACAAAUUAUCGCCCCGAGUUUUUUUCCGAAAAACUCUAGGUGGGGGUGCUGGGAACAUGGAUCCCUGAUAAUUAUCUAUCUUGUUAUAAUAUACCUACCUAUCCAAUAUGCAUUUAUCAAUCACAAAUAGUCAUAUCUACUAACUAUAACCUAAAGUAGUGUUUUUGUUUUUCAGUAGUUUUACAUGAAUGCCAUGUUGUGUAUUUUUAUUUACUGCAAUAUAUUAACUUAAUUACUUCAUUAAUAUUAGUUAUUAUUUAGUGUUUUUGUACACUAAUCAUUAGGUUAUGGGCCUAGGCAUCAAGGAACGUUCUGAAAUCAUUCAAUUUGCUGGGUCUAAUUUUUAAAUUGGAAGUUUAGUGUGGAAGUUAUCUUAUAAACGAAUGAUGUGCAUAAUUCUGUAAUUUAUGAAGUUAUACUUAUCCUACAUCGGUAUUGGAUCGAGAUCGUGUAGUCGAUAUACGCGUCGGUAUAAAGCGUUUAAUAACUACUUAAUUUUUUGGUUGAUAUAUAUACUGUACUUAUUGUAUAAUGUGUGAUAAGGAGGUAUACGUAGAGGGGAAUGUAUCAAUUGUGCAUCACUAUUGUUCUAUUCGUAAAACAUUUUUUCGUAAAACAUUUGCACAUCGUUAAUAGUUGAGUCAUACAUACAAAAUGUUUAACAAUACAAGGCAAUACAAUAGAUUACAAGUAUCCAAAACCGCAAAUUGUUUCUUAUUUUUCAGCUGGAUAUCCAUAAUUAAUAAUUUUUAAAUUUAUUGAUUAUAAUGAACAUAUUUUCAAACAUAGAUAUUAUAUAUGUAUCUGGUAUACGAGAUAAUUAAUAAUAAUGUAAUAUAAUAUAUAUAUACAUAUUUAUGCAUAUAUUAAAUUUUAGGAAUACCAUUUUUUAGUAAGUGUUAUUAA